AUGACAUCAGCCUCUUCUCUUCCUGAGUCUCAUCGUGAGCUACUCUCGCGCAACGAUUACAUCGACUUGCGCAAUUCACAGGACCAGCAGCCGAGCGCCGAGUUCAUCUCCGUUCGAGAGUCUGUCGGCAACCUGCCGCAGGAGCUCAAAAACAAUAUAGACCUCGUCAAGGACGAUGUCAAGCCCAGUUCCAGCGCCUUGAAGCCCAGAUCCGUCAAUCCAAUGCGUGGAUGCGGAACAACGCCUUAA